UCGGUAAGCCUAAUGGACCUGAUGCACAUGAUGGAGGAUGCCUUUUUUGUCUUUUUUGUUUUCCUUUUCGACUUAUUCGUCAGCAGUGGCACAGCGACGGGGCUUGCACUUGCACUUGACAUUCUUCCAACUUGACGGACAGCGCGACACUGUCGAGCAGGACACGACAAACGACACGUUCUGUCACUCUGGGCCUUGGAACGACGCCGUUGUAUCACGCCUUGAAGGCUUGCUGAUAACGCGUGUACUUAUUGGUUAUUCGUGUGCAACUAAUAAUUACACGAUUAUCCCGGCGGCAAAACAGGCCCUGCUCCAUCUUUAUCUCUCUCUUACACCAUCACCACACCACCUCCUGCCACCUCCACAAUGUCGAGGCAGCCCAAUCUCGAGUCUGUUGCUGGCGACCCCCUCAUAAGCAGCGACCUCGCUGCCUUCUCACCCUCUCGUUCUCGUCUCGCACACCGUUCCGUUCUCUCGGCUCUCUCUUCAGAAAGUAUGCUUGAGGAACCUUCGGAGCAUGAGCCGCUUCUCCGUCCUGGUCGGCCGAGAAAGCCCUUCUAUAGAGCAAGGCCGCUCUGGCUAGUCCCUUUCGCCAUCACGGCGGCACUCACUCGUGGCAUGACCACUGCACCCCGAGUCGAAGUCUUCACACAGCUUGCCUGUUCUCGCCUCCAUCCACAUCCUUUCAAUCACACUCUUGUAGAAGUGCCAUCCUUUUCUAGUGAUCACAUCAUAUCUAUAUCCUCAUCUGUGGACCCCCUUGGACCCCAUCUCUCUCCUUCUUAUUUAACCCAGGUGAUACACUUCGACUAUACCGCCAAUCGCACCUCUGACGACGACCCGCGCGACCUCCCUUCUCCACAAUGCCUUUCUGAUCCUGCAGUUCAGGCUGCCGCUGCACAGCUUCAAACAAUUAUGGUCACGACUAUGGGCCUUCUCUCAGCACUCACUACAGGUUGGUGGGGUCAUUUUGGGGAAAGGCACGGGCGUACGAAAGUGUUAGCCAUUGCGACAUCUGGUCUAUUUUUCACGGACCUCAUGUUUAUUCUCGUCUCGACCCCGGAUUCCCCCUUGUCGUCACAUGGUCACAAGUUAUUAAUUAUCGCUCCCAUCAUCGAGGGGUUCCUUGGUGGGUGGUCCACCCUCCAAAGCGCUACCAGUGCCUAUGUAUCCGAUUGCACAUCUUCUGGAUCUCGGGCGACCAUAUUCUCCCGGUUCACAGGUGUAUUCUACGUUGGAUUCAGCAUGGGACCUGCCAUUGGGGGUUGGAUAAUCAAAAACGGUAUAGGCACGCGAUCAGGACAGCCAAAGUCAGUCACAGCGGUAUUCUAUCUAGCCGUGUUAUGUUCCUUCACGAACCUUCUCCUUGUACUCUUUGUGUUCCCCGAGUCUUUAUCCGCUGAGAAGAGAGAAGAAGCUGCAAGAGAACAUGCUAUGACUCACUCAGCCAAGGGCAAGGCCAGAGAUUUGAGAGGGCAGGACUCGGGCAACAAUGACCAAGGUCCCAGCACUUCUUCAGACGAAGGAGUCUCGGAGACCAAGCGUUUUGCCAUCAUUCGUAGUUUCUUGAGUCCCUUGUCUAUAUUCCUACCUGUGACCAUCAUAGAAGCAGAGGGAGACAGAAGACAUCGAGAUUGGAGUUUGACCAUGUUGGCAGCAGCGUUAUUCGGGUAUAUGCUCUCAACGGGCAUUUACCAACUCAAGUACUUGUACGCUGUUCACGUGUAUGGCUGGGGUGCCGAGCAACUCAGUUAUUACAUCUCUUUCAUGGGUGGUGCUCGAGCCACAUUCUUACUCCUUCUUUUGCCUUUCUUCAUUUCCGUGCUCAAGCCGAAAGUGAAAACGCCAGCCAAAUCUUCCAACGGCAAAGCUACGAAACCUAAAUCAACCAAAGCACACCUUGCUCGGGAAAUACGGUUUGAUCUGCUCCUGACCCGGAUUUCGUUUGUCAUCGACAUAUUGUCCAACGUGCUUGUGGUGCUAUCGCCAGCGCCCAUAUACAAAGUGCACACGUCUUCCUCUCCAUCUUCACCGGCUUCGAGACAUAGUGAAGCACUAUUCGUAAUGGCCAGCUCAUUAACUAGCAUGGGAUGUGGUGCGGUGCCGGCGGUGCAAAGCCUCGCUUUAUGUAUCACCCAGGCAAGAACAAUCAUAGAAACCGGGGCUGGUCCAGAGGAUCAAGCCAAGGGCAGUGCAGGUACUGGCAGGUUGUUCGGUGCAUUAGCUGUUCUACAGGCAACUGGACAAAUGAUCCUCGGAGUGAGUACCGACAGUGUGACCCUUGAUAUGUGCCAUGUCUAACGAGUCGUUGGUUGUAGCCCAUGAUAUUCGGUCUUGUCUAUAGCGGCACCGUUGCCACCUACCCAAAGGCGAUAUUCGCGGUUGCCGGAGGAUUCCUGGUGGUUGCCUUGAUGGCGGUGAUGCUUGUGAAGAACCCGGUAGAUUUGUUCAAGGGGAAGAAGAGUAUGAGGUGGGUGAAAGAUA